UCCCCCGGCGCUGCCCCCACCGCGGCGACCACUCCCGCCCGCAUCCCGCCCCGUAGCUCCGGCGCGCGGGCGCGCGGGAGGAGGGAAGGAAACCCAGGUGGUGGGGAUGGAGAGGGGGAAAGUAAAGAGGGAGAAGGGCAAGGAGCCGGAGAAAGAGAAAAUUCAGCAAAAAGGAGAGGAGAGAAACAAAAAGAAGGAGAAAAUUAAGGCGGAAGAAAGGGGGAAGGAGGAGAAAAUUAAGGAAAAGGAGAACGGGAAGGAGGAGAAAAGUAAGAGAAAUGAGGAUGAAAAGAGGCAAGAGCGGGAGACGGAGAAAGAGAAGGAGCAAUUCAAGGAGAAAGAGAAGGACAACAGCACGUUGAUAAAAAUACCGCUGGAGUCGCUGGAGAAAAAUAAGCAGAUCCUAGUGCUGGGCCUGGAUGGGGCAGGAAAGACCAGUAUUCUCCACUUUCUAGCUUUAAACCGAGUCCAGCGCAGUGUGGCCCCCACCCAAGGUUUCAAUGCAGUGUGCAUCAGCACUGAGGACCGCCAGAUGGAGUUCCUGGAGAUUGGCGGCAGCGAACCUUUCCGUUCCUAUUGGGAAAUGUACCUGUCCAAGGGCUUGCUGUUGGUAUUUGUGGUAGAUUCAGCAGAUCACAAAAGAUUACCUGAAGCCAAGAAGUACCUUCAUCAACUAAUUGGAACAAACCCAGUCCUUCCUCUGGUUGUGUUUGCAAACAAACAGGAUCUUGAAGCAGCCUAUCACAUUACAGAUAUCCAUGAAGCUUUGGCAUUAUCUGAGGUGGGAAAUGACAGGAAGAUGUUCUUGUUCGGAACCCAGGUUACUGAGAAUGGCUCAGAGAUACCUUCCAUCAUACAAGAUGCCAGAGACCUAAUUGCACACCUGGCUGCAGACAUGAGUGAUCAGGCAUAGCCCACUGCGAGACUCACAAUUUGGAUGUCACCAGGGAACGGGAUGUGGCAGGCUGGAAGCCAAAAUUUCCACUUUCAAAUAAAAAAUAAGCCAUUUCCUAUUUUCUCAAUGCACGACACAUAUACACAUAUAAGAUAAUGUUAAUUGAUUAAAAGGAUCUCUAUUUAGAUUUUGAACUUUAAAAGUAUUGGUAAACAAUGUAUUUGGAGGGAUUUGGAUUUUUAAUCAACAAAAUUAAAGUGAAAAUUAGCAAGCAUUCAUCCCAUUUGUA